CAAGUUUGUUCGUAGCUGAAAAUUUUCUCAUAUACAUUUUUGACAUUCGGAAUCUGAAUUGAGCUGUCAAAGCAAACUGCAUUAACUGCUAGCACUGCUUUAUUAGCCUGAACAUGGGACAUAUGCACAUUUGACAAAUAAGAGAUUCACUUCAAGUUUCGUGGCUAUAGCUGAAAAUUAUUAUUUAUAAUUAAUAAAGUGUGUUUUGGCCUCAUAAAGAAAGUUGAAACAAAUUGUUGCUAAACACUGAGUGUCUUUGCUUCAGUUUGAAUGAAAACGGACGGAAGUUGUGUGGUGACCAACUCGCAACAAAGUCAGCGAGUACCGAGUGGCUACAUUGCAUUGGCGAGGAAAAUUUAAAAGCGAUAAACAAAGAAACUUUUAAAUAAAAACCGGAUCCUCACUUACAAAAUGCAAACUAUUAAACGUGAGCGUAAACGCUAUCAAAAGGAUACUGCACCCGCAGAUGAUAUAAUAACAUUGAUACAUUUGGUACGCCAGAAUCCCGCGCUGUAUAAUUAUAAAUUGGAACCUAAUCAAAGGCGACGGAUUGAUGUCCUAAAUGGUUGGGCCGAAAUAGCGGCACAAAUUGGUAACAGAUACACUGUGGAAGAGUGUCGACGUAAGUGGAAAAAUUUAAGGGAUACUUACCACCAAUACCGACUUCGUAAACCUAAACCCGGCGAUGGUUUAUCAAAAUGGCGUUAUGCCAAAGAACUGGAAUUUCUGUCGAGUAUAUAUCAGCCAAAAUUGAAAUCACAACGCCAUCAAAAUUACAUGAUGGACACACAACGUUCAGACUUGCAUGACCUUGGUGGCGCAGGUGCUACGGUUUCAACACGAUUAAAAGAGGACCAUACGGACGGCGGCAUUGUGCAUCAUUCGAAUUCGAAUAUAACUCUAGUGAAUGACGAUGAGGCAUUCAUACUUGCCACAUACGAAGAAAGUGUCACAGAUGAUGUGACAACUAUUGAUCACGGUGGUCAUGAUGAUCCAAGUAUAUCUUCUCAUAUGGAGUUGACGCACGAUGAUGAUGAUGUUGAAGAUGUGCAAGAAAUCGUUAAGAAUGAGCAUGGUUCGUCAUUGGAUGAUGCAACCGGUGCUGAAGUGCACUAUGAGGAAGUGUGCAUGUAUGAAGAGGCUGGAAACGGGCCUAGUGUCGAUUGCGAGACCAUUAUUGGAUCAGGUGGCGUAGUGCGGAGCUCGUCGACGGAUUCGAAAAAUUUUGCUACACAUCACCACCAUCAUACGCACUCCACCGCUGAUUCAUUCACCUACUCGAUGAAUGAUUUUUGCAUCGAGUCAAUACCCCAUUUGCCUAGUGCUGGUGGUGGUGGAGGUGAAAGUGGCAGUGGCAGCAGUAGUAGUAGUGUUAUUGGUGGCGCCAAAUUAAAGAAUUUAACUACUUCAACAAUAGUAACAACUCCCGUUGUGGUGAGCAGUAGCUCUAAUAAUCCAAAUGUGGUGCAACAACAAACAGCAAAUUCAUCCAUUUUACAGUUACAGUCCCCCACAUCCAUGAUGUAUAAUGGGCAAUCGCGCGAGGAGUUGGACUUGUUCUUUGCCUUCCUCAAACAAAAGAUGCAACGCUUUUCAAAGGAAGAAAUAACUCUGAUGCAAGUUGAGUUUCUCAAUUGUGUGCAGAAACAUGAAGCUGAACGCAAAUACAACGGCGGCGGUGGCGGAGAUCCAACAAUAUUACAUCAAUAAGUAGAAAUUGAAAUAAUUAUAAAUUUUAAAUUUAUAUCCAACAUUGUUUGUAAUUAAGAAUUGUAAAUGUUUUGUGUAUUUAAUGCGCAUCAUAAUGCUUCUGAAUAAUAUAAAAACCUAUUGAAUAAAUGUAUUUAUCAACA